CUGGGUGAACCAGUCUAACUGCAACACGUACAGACACACUUCUCUGAACCCCAACACUCUUUCACCAUACACCUUCUUUUUUAUCUGUGUAUGGUGAAGAGGAGCACCCCCACACCACAAUGACAGACUGAUGUGCCUCAUGCUGCUUGGCAAUGGAGCUGUUGUCUGGGUCCUUCUGACAAUCAAUAAAGUGGCAAUUAAAUAUGACCAUGUGUCAGUUGGAAGUGCCAGAGGCCAGACUAGGCCUGAACAGUCCUGACCCGCUGGUGAGAGAGGCUUUUCUGAUGGCCCAUGAUUACAUAGACUAUGUAACCACAGGGGGGGCAGAUGGCACAAUGGGUGCUGCGCCCACAUCUUGUACCACAGCCCUGCGCCACGCCGGAGACGAACUCCUCAUUCGCUUCCCGAUCUUCUUCAGGCGCUGGCCUCGUGUCUUCCAGGAUGUGACGGAGAGCACGGCCUGCCCCACACUCAUGAGCAUCUUGGACGAGCACUUCUUUGCCCCCGUCCCGGGGGGGCGGCGCAGGGACCUGGCCUGGAGCGCGGUGCUAUCAGUGUAUGUGCUGGCUGGUCAGAUGGCUCUACAUUGCCAUGAGAGGGGCAUGGUGGUUGUCCUGCCACAGCUGAAGGAGUGUGUUGGGGCGUAUGUGGAGAGGGUAAUCUGCCCUGAGAUACGAGAUGGUGGAGGAUGGAGUGGCUUUGUGUCACGCUUUGGAGAGAAGCAGGGCUUGGAGGGCCAGGUGAAGAAAGUGUGCUGUUGGACUCUGCUGGCGUUGGCCAUAAGCAUCCUCACCUACUUCUUGUGGAAAAGGCUUCCUAGCCAACACUGCCACCUAGUGAGCUAACGAACAUAUGGAAAUGUCAGCACCGAUCAUCUACAGUGCAUCUCAAUUCUGUAGGAACUGAAGUUGCAUGCAUAUCAUAACCAAUGUUCUGUUGAUAAAAUAUGUAGCCUAGGAAGCAAAUAUCUUUUAAGGAGUUUGAAGUCACGAGGGAUAAACAGUGCCCUCUUGUGCAGCACAUUGAUUUUUAGUUUACAGGGCAGUGGUAUGUAUGGCAUGUCAGUCAAUUAUGUUUUUAUUAAUACAUGUAUUAACAUUUGGAAAACAAUCACAGUACCCCAUUAAAUGACUUGCACA